AUGGGCCAGCCUCUGGGCUCCUUCGAGCAGAGCUUUCACGUGUACCCUGUCUCCUUCAUAGAUAAGGGGUGUGUGGGGAAGGAAGGGGUGUGUGGGGGAAAGGGGUGUGUGUGGGAGGAAGGGGUGUGUGUGCGAGGAAGGGGUGUUUGUGCGGGGAGGGGUGUGAGUGCGGGGAGGGGUGUGCGGGGAGGGGUGUGUGUGCGGGGAGGGGUGUGUGUGCGAGGAGGGGUGUGUGUGCGGGAGAAAGGGGUGUUUCCAUCGUCCAUAACCCGUAGUAGUUGCAUAAAGAAUGAAGCGACUUCACAGUUCUGCUACCUUCAUCUUCUUCCCACUCGUACCCUGCCCAUCAACCCCCUCCCUCCCCUUUUCCUCUCCACUCCGGUCUCCCCCUCGCCCCUCGUGUGUCUUGCGCUCCCCCUGGCUGCCCAGUCAGACGGGGCGAUCCAUCACUCUGCAGCCGUGCUCCUCCCAUCAGUCAUCAUGCCGCCCUCUGCCCUCGACAGACUUGCCUCACUGAACAGUGAGCUGUUUGAGGUGCUCAGCGCAGCAGCAGUACUUACACCACCCCGUGCUGUUUCAGCGUCGCUGCACAUAGACUACCCGAUGCUGUUUGAGGUGCACAAUGCGGCGGCCAAUCGCACGUCGCACUGCGGUGUGCUGGAGUUCAUUGCAGAGGAGGGCUACGUGUACAUGCCAUACUGGGUGAGGCUUCCUGUAUCGGUUAAGGAGAAUGGUGGCAUUUUGGAGUUCAUUGCAGAUGACCAUAUGGCCGCCGUGCCUCACUGGAUUGGAUUAGGCUUGCCAUAUUGGAAACUGCUGCUACAGGAGGGCGACGACAUAGUGCGGUUCAGAAACGCCACUCUCCCCAAGGGCACGUACGUGAAGCUGUAG